AUGGCGGCCUCCCCGCCCGUUCCCCAGCCUGUGCCGCCAGGGGGCGCUGCGGGCCGGGCCCUGAGAGGGACGAGUGGCACGAAUGGUGGUGUAAGUGCCACUUGCCCAAGAAGAUGCAGCUGUGACCCUGCCCAGUCAGUGCAAUGCUACAGAGCUACAGAGAUCCCUAGAGAGAUUCCUUACACCACCAGGAGACUCUACAUUAGCCACAGCAAAAUUAAACAACUCCAGAUUACUGACUUCAGGAGAAUGUCAUCCCUUGAAGAGCUGGUCCUGUCAUGCAGUGGCACAGAAUCAAUAGAAAACAAUACUUUCAAAGCUCUGAGCACCUUGAAGUCCCUGGAACUCUACAAAAAUCAGCUAAAGCAAAUACCUACCUUCCUUCCAUCUGGCCUUGAAAUUUUAAAACUCGCUGAUAACUCCAUCAACACUCUGCAUGCAUCUGAUUUUGAAGGUUUGAUGAAACUAAGGGUGCUCGAUAUUCGGAACAACUUGAUUGCGACUCUGCCUCCAAGUGCAUUUUCUUCCCUUUGCAAUUUACAAAGUCUGAUUCUGGAAGGGAACAACAUGGAAUCUGUGUCUGCACCACUUAAGCUUCCUAAGCUGAAGUAUCUGAGUAUGGCUGAUAAUAAACUGAACUCAUUCCCAACCAACUUCUUUGCUUCUUUCCAAAAUCUACAGUUUCUCAGUUUAAGUGGCAACUUCCUGACAAAAGUGCCUCUUGACCUACCUAAAUCCUUGCUGUCACUAAAAUUAGAGAAAAACCAACUCAAAACAAUAAGACUUCGAGAUGUGAAGCACCUAGAAAAUCUGUCUGAGUUCUUCCUGUCAGAAAAUCAGCUAACAUCAAUAGAUGGUGCCCAGCUUCUUCCUAAUUUAACAACACUGGAGCUCUCUAAGAACCAGCUCCACACUAUGCCACUCAGGCUGCCUGGCAGGCUGCAGAAACUCGACUGCAGCAAUAACCUGAUUCAAAGGGUGACAGCGCAGGACUUCCAAGGACUACAAGACCUCAAGCACUUGUUUCUUGACAACAACGCUGUUAGCAUGUUUGAGGCAGGAGCUCUUCAGCAGUGUGUGCAGCUUUCCAAUCUGGCACUGGAACAGAACCUCCUCAUUUCUAUUCCGCUGAGACUUCCAGACAGCCUCGCUAGAUUGGAUCUAAAGGGAAAUGACAUAGAGGAUGUUGGAAAACAAGAGCUGAAGGACUUGAAACAGCUUCAGGUUCUAAAUUUACGGAACAACAAGAUAUCUGCCUUAGAUCGCAGAGUCUUAGAGUAUUUACCUCGUCUUCGUCAUCUGUAUUUAGAUGGAAACCCUUGGAACUGCACCUGUGACCUUCUCAGAACCAGAAGAGCGCUGGUCGCCAAAGGAACGGAUGUCAGGGGAGGGCAGUGUGUGGCACCAGCAGAAAGCCGGGGAGAAAGCUGGAUGUCUUCCAGAAAGAUUCUGCAGCAGUGUGAAGAGAAUCUCUCUUCCAUGGAAAGAGGCAAAGAGGACAGAAAGAAAACAAAACCCAGUGAGGCCUUCAGCCUUGGAGAAAACAUAGAUGACGAUUACUAUUAUUAUGAAUUAGAUUAA